AUGUGCGGUAUUAACGGCGUACUCUUGGCGGACUCGUCCGCCUCCGCCAGCGCAGAGCUGUACGAGGGACUGGGGCUCCUGCAACAUCGUGGGCAGGAUGCAGCGGGAAUCAUAACGUGCGGCAACAAAGGCCGGCUGUAUCAGUGCAAAGGGAACGGGAUGGUCCGUGACGUUUUCGAGCCGAGGCAGUUGGUGGAAUUGCAGGGGGCGUUGGGCGUUGGGCACGUGCGAUACCCGACUGCGGGCACGUCGUCGAAUGCGGAGGCACAACCGUUCUAUGUCAACAGCCCUUACGGGAUUGUUUUCGCUCAUAACGGAAACCUUACAAACUCCACGGACCUCCGCGACUUCCUCGACCACGAAGCGCACCGCCACGUCAACACCGACUCCGACUCCGAACUCCUGCUGAACAUCUUCGCAGACCAUCUGAACAAGACGGGCAAGUUCCGCGUCAACGAGGAGGAUAUCUUCAAGGCUCUUGAGGGCGUGUAUGCGCAGUGCAAGGGCGGAUAUGCGUGCGUGGGGAUGAUUGCCGGGUUUGGGUUGAUCGGGUUCCGGGAUCCCAAUGGAAUCAGGCCGCUAAUCUACGGAGAACGGGCGACGGCGCAUGGCACCGACUACAUGCUUGCUUCCGAGAGUGUGGUCUUGGACGCUUUAGGUUUCACCAACUUCAUCGAUGUCAAACCGGGCGAAGCCGUGAUCCUGACAAAGAACGGCGUGAAAAAGCGCCAAUGCCGGUCAAACGAGCCGUUCACACCCGACAUUUUCGAAUACGUGUACUUUGCACGACCAGACUCGAUCAUGGAUGGGAUCUCUGUGUACAAGGCCCGGCUGGCCAUGGGCGAGGCGCUCGCUAAGGCUGUGUUGAAGGAGUUGGGGAGCAAUCACGAUAUCGAUGUUGUCAUUCCCGUUCCAGAUACAAGUAGAUGUUCGGCCCUGCAAGCAUCGUAUAAGCUGAACAUCCUGUAUCGAGAAGGGUUCGUGAAGAACCGAUACAUCGGGAGAACGUUCAUCAUGCCUGGGCAACAGCAACGGAAGAAGUCCGUGAGGCGGAAACUGAACGCUAUGAAUAUGGAGUUUGCGGGGAAGAAUGUCUUGCUUGUCGAUGACUCAAUCGUGCGCGGCACAACCUCCUACGAAAUCAUCCAAAUGGCCCGCGAAGCCGGCGCCAAAAAAGUAUAUUUCGCAUCCUGCGCGCCACCCGUGCGUUUCCCCAACGUGUACGGCAUCGACAUGCCCACGCGCCAGGAACUCGUCGCGCAUAACCGAACCGCCAGCCAGGUCGCGGAGGAGAUCGGCGCCGAUCGCGUUAUCUACCAGGCGAUCGAGGAUCUGGUCGAGUCGGUUAGGAGUUUGAAUCUGGAUAUUAAGCAGUUUGAUAUUUCGGUCUUCAAUGGGUGUUAUAUCACUGGUGACAUUGACGAAGCAUACCUCAACCACCUCGAAGGCCUCCGGAACGACAACUCGAAAGAGGCCCGUCAGGCGCCCGCGGGCGAGGUCAUUGGGUUACAUAACUCGCUGCAUGCAUAA